GUCUGGAAGGAAGGAGUUGCAGUAAGCAUAUCUCUGGUAGUCCAAAUGACCCUGAUUAGGUCUGCUGCUCCUUUGGGCUUGCCCCAGAUCAGCCUAUGACAUGGCAAGUUAAGACAAGAUAAUGUCAAAGAUUAACACCCUCCAGCUCUGCAAGCAAAGCGUUGUUAUUUUGUUUGUUUGGAUGGGUAGUUGUGUGUUGAAUUUCACUGCCCUGAUGGAAACCUUCAUCAGCGAGUGAGUUUAAAAAUACUAACGGGGAAUAAAACAAUGAAGUAAUACACUUGUGAACUGAAUACAUUUGAAUGAUUCACUUGAGAGUUCAGUUGUAGUGUGUUGUGCCUUGUCAAUUAUACACAUUAUCUUCAGUCUUAAUUAGUGUGCUCUGCUCAUGACCUACUUUAAUAUCAGUGGAACAUGUACACAUACAGUAUUUUUUGUCAACAUUACCAUCACUAGAGUAUUUUUAUUAAGACAAUUGCUCCAUUAAAUCACUUUCUUUUCAAUUAGUUGAUAGCUCGUCAGCAAGAUAACCAAACGUGAUAUGGUAUCAUGUAGCCCGAAGUCAAUCCUGCACUGUGACCACUGGUUUGCAUACUUUUCCAGUGUUGAUAACUUCUCUGUGAAAGACAGGAACCGGCACACAGUUUGCACAAAACUGGGAAAAACUCAUAUCAGAUUGUAAAUUAUUACAGAAAUGUCCAAAGGGUGAGGUAACACCGAUGCAACGCUUUAUUACUUCCUAUGAACAUGAAUGAGGCGUGAUUUAUUUUAGCUCUUGAUGUCAGGUCUCUUUUUGGUAAAUCUUUACGACCAGAAUGAUUGGACUAUGUCAGGGCAGUAAAAUGAAUGGAACAUUCUUCUGGGACCGGAAACAGGCCAAUUCCAAUGGAACAUAAUCUACUUUUCAGCCUCCUGUAUUCAAAUAUUACUUUACAUCAUCAUUUUCUCCAGCGCUUUAAAUAGUUUUCCAGAUGUGUAGUAUAGAAGGAGGAUGAGGUCACCUGUCAUGUUACUGACUGAAUAUCUGCCACUUGUUUUUAUUCCCUUCACACUAUCAGAAAUAUUAACCAAAUAAAUUGUUUGUUUGUAUAAUUGUACAGUAGUGUUGUGGCUCAUUUUGUUUGCUUUGCUCAUGUGGGAGACGCAGAGCCCUGGCUGAGGGAAGUUGUUGGCAUCCACCUCAAGGCUUUUCAUCUCAGUCGCUUCAGUGGAGUCCAGCCUUAGUAAAACUGGCACGGGACGCACUCACCCCGGGGGUAGGAUAGGCUCGGCUGAGAAACUGGGAGAAAAAUGAACAAAUGAGAUGGGACUGCCACCACUCUCAGGCUGCCUAUGGGAUAGCCCCCCACAGCCUGGUAAGAGCAGUUUAAUGAUAGUUGCAGGAGAGAUGGGGGAGAAGAGGAGAGGAGGAGAGGAGGAGUCCAAGCACCAAGUUGCAUGUUUUUUGCUCUGGUGUCUUGUGUCACUCUUUUCUCUGAGGGGAGGGGGGGCAUCCAAGUCACAUGGUGGAGCUUGAUCUGUUACAUAAACACAGACCUCCACAGCCCCCAGUCUGCUCGCAUCAACUUUAUUCAGUAAAUACAUGCGGAGAAAACUCUUGCGAUGACAUUGGUGGCGGCCAAGGAGAGUUGUCGAGAUGUUCACUCCUCCAUGUUGCAUCACUUCAACACUCGGCAACGCUGCAAACCCUCCCAGCUCCCAGUGACCUCUUAAAGGUGAAAUUGUCUGGGAAUAACAAAAUCAUUCCGUGAAAAUUCAAAUUAAGAAAUUAAGAAAUGCAAUUAAUUGAUGAUGUGAUUCAAUACAGCAACCAGCUAUUUUGCUGAUUAUUUUCUCAUCAUUUUUGUCUUUAAAGUAAGUUUGAAUUCUUAUUUAAUUGUUAGAUUGUUUUAAAGGUUGUUCACAUCUCACAGAUGCUACCAUAACUGAAAAAAAGAUCUGCUCUAUUUUACAUUUAACACUAAUUAUAACCACAACCUAAUGAAUAUUAAACAUUCGCAUUUGGCUGUCACAUGAUGCCAGACCUUGUGACAAGAGCAAUGUCAAACGAUGUCUAACAGGGGAAUACUUUGAUAUUUUCCCAGCUCUGGGCAGUCCAAUCAAUAUUUAUCAACAUGAACUACAGUUUCCCAAAGCUAGAAUAGCCUGAAUUGUCAGAGGACAAAAGGACGACACAUAGACAGUCAUUGGUUUGACUGUAUGCAUUUGUGCACAUUUUGUUUUUGUUGGAAGUAACUGUGUGCCAUUCAAAUGUUUUCAUGCAGUUCCAAAGACUAAUUCAUUGUUAAAAAUCUAUUGUUUUCUAAUUCCCUUUUUGACAAAAGUACAGUAUUUUCAAUUAUCACAUAAAUGCUGCUCUCAUCAAAGAACAGUGAAAUUAACUGCCUGAAUUUUAAAGGACAACAAUGGAUUUUAAUAAAGUAAUAAAGUAAUAAAGUAAUAAAAUAUGUUGGUUUCUUUUGUACAUACAGUUCAAGGGGAAACGUUGUUCUGUGAGGUUCUGAGAAGAAACAACAAUGACAAGAGAAUAAGGGUUAUUUAUAGGCCAUGUUACAUUUUUAGAAGUGAGAGUUAUCAAAAUAUAUCAAUUUUAGAUACUAUAUCAUCAAAUAUAACUUUAACUUAACUGUCAAUAAAAACACAUUUUAAAUGUAUACAUAAUUUCUGACCUAUGUAUCAGUAUUGUAAACCCAAGUUCUACCAACUGUUGAGGAAAAUAAACUCUAGUUGACUUUUAGUUGAAUGUUCACAUAACAACCUUCUUAUGGACCAUCUGUGUCUUUUGGACGACGGGAAGAUUUUAGAUGCAGAGGAAUGCACUGCAACUUAAAAACACGUGCGUAUCCGUCCCUUAGGGAUAGCACAUGUCCAAAUCCCAAAUGCUCUACUCAUUCCAGCAGCAUCCCCUGUCUUCUUAUCUUCAGUGCUGCACCAGGGGUGCUCAAUACGCCACAUCUCCUCAGUCAGACGGAGAGGGGGGCCCUGAAGGCGAGGCCUCGGGAGGAUGGCUCCUGCAGGCCCAGAUGGCUGACGCUCCGAGCUUUCUUUCCACCACAAACUACGCAGACAGAAUGAUAUUUAAAAUGCAAAGACUCUUAAUGUGCUUGUAGACCUACUGUCUCACUGCAGUUGUCUUUGCUCUGCCACUAAUAACAGUCUAAUAUCCUUACAAUAUCUUGAGAAACAGGAAAUCAAGAAUUUUUGAUAAUUUAAGGAACCGAGUUGAAAGCGUGAUCUGAUUAAUGGCGGCUUUACUGAUGUUGAGCGUUACUCUUGGCUUUAUAGCUGCAUACGGGUCAUAAUUAAGGGUUAUUGAGGGUCUUGUGAAAGCAACAUUAUAAUAAUAUGUUCCCUGUGACAGUGACCAGACACAUUUCAUUAACGCAAGCCAGACACUAACCCGUUUGUCUGUCCUUUAUUAAAAGAAGUUGACUUUAGAUCCCUUCCCGAACAUCGCAGCAAGGUUCUGGCACUUACAGUAAAGAGAUGGAGAAAUUCCUUUCCGACUUUAAUCCUGCAUGAAUCACCCCCUCAUCUGUACUUUGUCAUUUUAUUUCCCACUUAAAAAAAGAAUGUAAGGAGUGUGCGUGAGUGUGAGAGAGACUUCUGCAUGCAGCCGCUCUUGCCGCCGUGUGAAAAAAUCCACCUCACGCCUCAAGUAACAACGUGUGGUGAUGCUACUGCACCUCCGCAGGCCGUGGUGAAAGCUUGAAAGUAUAAACAUCGAGUCGGAAAAGACGUGUAGCGGGAGUGUAGAGUGCGGCCUGUCCACUGCUCUGUUACCUGGCCAUCUGCCUGGACGGAGGAUCUAAAUAUUAUGACACUUAAUAUGACUGAGCGUACCUGUUGGUUACAUUCUAGCGGAUCUGCACUGAGGCAAGGUGGCUUAUGUCUCGGUGACACUUCUGUCCUCAAACUCCCUGUCUUAGUCUCCCAAGCCUUGUUUCCUCAUAAGGGACACCUACUGUAAACUGUUAUAAUUGACACAUAAUAUCGAGGUUGCUUAUCUGCAUUUGCUGUGGUUGAUGUGUGCAUUUGCUGUGGUUGAUGUGUGCAUUUGAUGUGGUUGAUGUGUGUGUGUACGUGUGUGUGUGUGUGUGAGUCAAGAGAGAAAGAGAGUAAAAGUUGUGGAUGAAUUACCUUUUAGCAUUUUUACAAAUGUGUGUGAAGUGUGCCACGACUCUAUACGUGACCUUCUUUCUCAGAGUGAGCCACUGCUGUUGGAGGACAUGUGGGCAUCAUCCUGCAAGAAGCUGAGAUACAUUGAUGGAGAUGUAAAGAGAGAGAGGGAGAGAGAGAGGGACAGAAAAAGUAAGAAACAGAAAGAGAGAGAGAGAGGGAGAGACCUUCAUCAUCUGUGUUACAAACAUUGCACAUGAGCGUUGGGGGGGAAGGUUGACUGUGCUGCGAUUAACACGCUCCCUCAGCUGGGUGUUCUUUUCAAUCUGCAGUGCCAUAUCCUCAAGUCUGAACCCUUGGAUGAGGGUCAUUCGCCAGAGGAGGAUUUUUUUCUGCCUCUCUGUUUUUUAUACUUCCUUCUUGAGCAGAAGGCUGGUGUAAUAGAAACCAGACACAAGCCAGAAUGUGAGGCAUUCACAGCGGCAAGACCUCACUUCUCCACAGAGUGGGGAAACGGAAUAAAUAGAAAGUGUGGUUUGAAAAGUUCCAUCAUUGUUUUUUUGUAUUUUUGUUUUUGCCAUUCUGGAAGUUAUCAAUAAGACGGAAAAGGCCAGGAACGUUAGGAUGGAAGUAGUAUUCAAUGGAUCAGACUGUGCAGGGGAUAUCUAGAGAAGGCACAGGAGACCUUCAGGAUGGGAAAUGCAUGUGCAACUUUUCAAGAUUCUAGUUGACAAGCUUGUUGGAGCAACAUGAGCUGGAGCUUUCUCACUCGUCUCCUGGAAGAGAUCCACAACCACUCCACCUUUGUGGGGAAAGUGUGGCUGACCGUGCUCAUCAUCUUCCGCAUUGUGCUCACAGCGGUUGGAGGUGAGUCCAUCUACUCGGACGAGCAGACCAAGUUCACCUGCAACACCAAGCAGCCCGGGUGUGACAACGUAUGCUACGAUGCGUUUGCCCCUCUCUCGCAUGUCCGAUUCUGGGUCUUCCAGAUCAUCAUGAUCUCCACUCCCUCUAUCAUGUACAUGGGUUACGCCAUCCACAAGAUAGCCCGAACUACAGAGGUGGCUCGCAGGAAGCACCACAGGCUCCGCAAAAAGCCUCCUCCUCACUCCAGAUGGAGAGAAAGCCACCACAUGGAAGAUGUCUUAGAAGAGGAUGAAGAUGACGACGCUGAGCCCAUGAUCUAUGAGGAUACGCUGGAGGUGCAGGAGGCCAAGCCCGAACCAGUGAGCAGCACUGGCAAAGACCCACCAAAACACGAUGGCCGCCGAAGAAUAUUGCAAGAAGGCCUGAUGAGAAUCUAUGUUCUACAGCUCAUGUCGCGAGCUAUUUUUGAAAUCGCUUUCCUUGUAGGACAGUACCUCCUCUAUGGGUUUCGAGUUAGUCCGUCAUAUGUAUGCAACAGAGUCCCCUGUCCACACAGAGUGGACUGUUUCAUCUCCAGGCCCACAGAGAAAACAAUCUUCCUCCUCAUCAUGUAUGUGGUGAGCUGCCUUUGUCUAGUGCUAAAUUUGUGCGAGAUGCUUCACUUGGGAAUUGGUACUUUUCGGGACACCCUCCGCACGAAGAGGAACCGGGGCGUACGGACGUCCUACAGCUACCCGUUUUCUCGAAACAUCCCAGCCUCUCCUCCAGGUUAUAACCUUGUGAUGAAGACAGACAAACCUAGCAGGAUCCCCAACAGCCUCAUCACCCACGAGCAGAACAUGGCCAACGUGGCCCAGGAGCAGCAGUGCACCAGCCCAGAUGAGAACAUCCCGUCUGAUUUGGCAAGCCUACACCGGCACCUACGGGUGGCCCAGGAACAGCUUGAUAUGGCCUUUCAAACAUAUCAAACCAAAACCAACCAGCAAACAUCCAGAACCAGUAGUCCUGUAUCUGGGGGCACAAUGGCAGAACAAAAUCGAGUGAAUAUGGUCCAAGAGAAACAAGGAGCGAGGCCAAAAUCAGCCACAGAGAAGGCUGCAACCAUUGUAAAAAAUGGAAAGUCCUCUGUCUGGAUCUAGAGAUUAAUCUAAUUUAGUAAAUUA